AUGCGAUUGCCUCUGCACAAACUCCUCACUGGGCUUAACGAUGAUCACUGGCUCAAACGUCACCCCAAGUUCCCCGCCAACAAGUUCCUGCUCUUCGAUAGCCAUCAACAACGGUUACGUCUCCGUGUUGCGUCUGAAUAUCCUGUCUACCGGCAUCUUUGUGCCUCCCUGUACCAAGAAAUCCUAGUACUCAAAACAGUUCAUCUGGUUCCUGGUGUCUGGCCCCACAUCCUGCACCUCCCCUCCCACUCCAGCUUGGACUGGACAAACUUUGACUUCUUUGGUACUCUGGGCAUCACCGAUAAGUGGAAGCUGUACCACCCCAGCACAUAUCGCCAACAGCAACAACAGCUGGUCCCAUCAGAACAUCGGUUUACCAAUGUCAUGGUCAAAGCACUGUGGUCCUCCCCUGCCCACCCUGCUGCCAGAACGGUUCUUUAUCGGGCACUGUCGCGAUGCAUCCCACAUAAGACCUAUCUGCGCACCAUUGGCUCUGUGGAAACCCCCAUCUGUCCCUUUUGUGCCCAAGGCAUUGAUACAUUGAGGCAUUUUAUUGUCGACUGUCCUGUCAAAUGGCAACUAUGGCAAACCGUCCUGUCUCAGUACUACUCCAACUUUCCUCUGACAUCUGAAAUCAUCUAUGGCACAGUGCGUUAUUUGCAUCUCCCUCACUUUAUCAAAGAUCGAUCCAAGUAUAUUGCCGUCAUUUCUACCAUUUUCUGGCAGAUGUGGAAUCUUUACUGGCUUCACGGCAGCCAAAAUCCUUCACCCCUCUCCGCUGCCUCAAUUGAGCGCUUUCCUUCCAGGACAGUUUGUCUUAUUGACAAACUGCUUCCGACCAACUCAUAA